CUGCGCCGAUGCGUUGGGUUGGCGCACCAAACCAUUUGCAAAGCACUGCCUCAGCUCCUAAAAAUUCACUGAGUUACACAGGCCUACCGUGAAGUACUUUCAAAACAUAAUUUAAAUAAAUCGGAUUAAGUUUCAAAAUGCAUUGAUAGUUUCAAAUGGAAAAGCUUUCUUUUCCCCCAGCCCUUUGGCUGAAUUUCCGCAUGUCAAUCAUCGGGUGGGCAUGUUUAAAUAAUGAGCCCCCGUUCACUCAGCCUCUAAAAAACCGCUCGCUGACAGGUUGAUUAGGCCGAUAAUCGUGCUUAAAUAAUGAGCAACUCAGUUGCUUCCAACAGUCACAGCAAUGCCUGGAUGGGUGCUGUUUUCCAUCCUGCUGCUCUACGAGAAUCCAGUUCUUAUUUCAGCGUCUGGUGACUCUACAAUUAAGGAGAGCGUAUCCGCUUCAGUACGUGACGUUCAAGGCUUGCAGCUGCUGGUUCAGGAAAUUCUUCUAAAAACUUUUGAAUCUGGCAAAUGCAUAUUGAUCCUGGCCGACUCAAUGUACAGGCCUUUGUUCCAAGGCCCCUGGUUUCGACGCUACAAAGGCUCCGCUUCCUUCAUCAUGAUACACACAGACGAUGCCGAGGAUCUCCUAGCACCCUGCAAGGCCACACAAGCCAGCCUGGAUCUGGCUAGAAACAACAGCUGCCAACUUUACAUCAUUUUGGUGGCCAAUGGCCAGCAAGUGGGUCGACUACUGAAAUUUGGCGACAGGUAUCGCCUGCUAAAUACAAGAGCCAAUUACCUGAUGCUCUUCGACAGUCGCCUGUUUUCUGAAGAACUGCUGUUUCUCUGGAAGCGGAUCAUAAACGUGGUGUUUAUCAGGCAGUUUAGCGGCAAGGCUCAGAAGAACGAUUGGUUCGAGCUGAGCACGGUACCCUUUCCCAUUGCCUUUAGGGACGUGCUGGCGCCCAGACGGCUGGACGUAUGGAACCGAUCGCAGUUCAGAAAGGGAUCUGUCCUGUUCAAGGACAAGACCUGGGACUUGAAGAACGAAACACUGCGGGUGGCGGUUUUCGCUCAUGUACCAGGCACCUUGAAGGCCAACACCUCAAGUUUGCGAACUAUUGAUAUUGGACCCGCUUUUGCUGGCUCGGAGAUCGAGAUUUUGAUAACCAUUGCGAAGCAAAUGAACUUCCGCUGCGAGCUGUACGAGCCUGAGGGUGCUGGCGUCGAGCUUUGGGGACGCAAGCACGUUCGCCCAACAUACACGGGGCUGCUGAGCGAAAUGAGCACCUCCAGGGCUGAUAUAGCCCUAGGCGACCUGUACUAUAUUCCGUUCGUGCUGGGAAUUAUGGACCUGAGCAUUCCCUACAACACCGAAUGCCUCACAUUUCUCACCCCAGAAGCGCUGACUGACAUCUCCUGGAAGACGCUGUUGCUGCCUUUCUCACCCAUUAUGUGGGCUUGCGUGCUGCUGUGUUUGUUGCUCACCAGUGCCACUUUCUACAUUCUGGCCCGGUUCCAUCGAGGCAUCGACGGCAAGAAGCAGCUGACCAGCAACCGCGCAAUCAAGUUGCAACUGCACAACGCUCCUGAGGACCUAAAGUACUCGCUGUUGAUGAGGCAAUACACACGUACUAAGCAGGCGGGUGAACCCGAGGGCCUGUUCCAGUUUGCUGAGACUGGUAACAGCCUUUUGUACACCUUCAGCAUGCUUCUAUUAGUGUCGCUACCCAAGCUGCCGACUGGUUGGUCGCUGCGUUUGCUGACCGGUUGGUACUGGCUGUACUGCUUGCUGGUGGUGGUGUCCUACCGUGCUAGCAUGACUGCCAUUUUAUCUAGGCCAGCCCCCAAAGUGACGAUCGAUUCAUUGCCGGAGCUGCUUGCCAGCCAUCUGACGCUUGGUGGUUGGGGAGAAAUAAACUCCGAAUUUUUCAAGUCGUCGUCCGACGACUUGAUUAACACCAUCAGAGAGCGGUUUGAGAUCGUCAACAGCUCGGAUGAAGCUCUAAACCGGGUGAUUGAGGGACACUUGGCUUUCUACGAGAACGCGUACUUUUUGAAGCACAUCGUAUGGCUGCAUCGGGGGAAAACCGCUAAGAACAGCAACUCACUAAGGCACCUGCAUAUAAUGAGAGACUGCAUCAUCAACAUGCCCGUAUCCAUAGGGCUGCAGAAGAACUCGCCGAUAAAGCCGCGCGUGGAUCAAUUGCUCAGGCGAAUGCUGGAAGCAGGUCUGGUGAAGAAAUGGCUGUACGACGUCAUGAAGGGCGCAGUCAUACCAGACAGCGACACCGACGGCACUAAAGCGCUCAUGAACCUGAAGAAAAUGUAUGGCGCUUUAGUAGCGCUUGCCAUCGGAUAUGGGGCUGGUCUGCUGGCGCUGUUGGGGGAGCUGCUGCACUUCAACUUUACUGUUAAGAAAAACUGGGGUUUAACAAGUCUUAUCCGAAUGGGGCGCUAGCGAACCCUCAAAACUUCACUACUGAAUUAAAAGAAUCUAAAUUUAACUGCUGGCCUAUAUGUUUAUACGUAGGUAUAUAGAUUUGUUGAUAUAAUUAUGUCCAUAUAAUAUAAAAACAUAUUUUAAAACAACAACGUCUAUUUAUUAAGAUCACAGAAUCACUGGAGUAGUACUCCUAUAGAUAUAAUCCUAAAAAUAUAGAUAUAACUUUAUCACAUGCCGCCCUAAAUAAUAAAUAAAUUUAAAUAAUAUUCGCUUGUAUAAUUUAAGCGUCCGGGCAUGAUUAUUAAUUA